AUGGGUGAUAAAAAAGAUGAUGAAGAAAGUAAUGAUCCAAGAUUGGAUUUUAUAUUUCAAUACCUGACAAAAUCGAAUAAAAUAAAAGCUGAUAAAUGGACUAAAAUGAUAACUACACCUGAUUUCAAGAUUGUAAUAAAUAAGUUCUUCAACAAUCCAAGUGAAACUAUUUUAACAAUACAAAUUACUCCAGGAGCACUCUUGCCCGUUUUGGGAAUACAACCCGACACUAAAACGAAAGUCUCUUACUUCGUCAGACGGAAUCAAGUUAAUAUUACAGAAGCUAAUUACCGUGAAGUGCUCAUCCCAGGAGAUAUGUCUUCAAACUCAAUCGAAGAAUUAGCGACACUCAUUGAAGAAGCUUAUUUGCCACUACUCACUAAUCCACAAAAUCAGCAAAACUGGCCGGAAGUGAUUGCAGAAGAUGUCGAAAAAUAUAUUCAUGAAUUACGUAGUUCGAUUUGCCAACUUAAAGGAAGAAUGAUGGGACAAACAUUGUUACCAAUGCCAAUGGGAAUUGAGGACUUUUUUAAAGCUGAUCAGUUGACAAGUGAUGAAAUAAACUUUAAAUUAAGAAAUAAUGCUGAAAGAAUUGUUAUCAAAUGGUCGACACAAGUCAAUGAUGUUUUAAAUGAGAUUCAUGAACGAGAAAUAUCUUAUGUCAAUCCAAUACUUCCUAAUGAUGAAUUGAAAUUCUGGCAACAAAGACUAAAGAAUCUAGAAUCUAUUUAUGAUCAGAUGAGAGAUCCUCGAAUAAAGAAAGUGGUUUCAUUUCUUGAACAAACUAAGAGUUCAUAUCUUUCAUCGUUUGAAAAGCUUUUCGAGGAUGUCGUAGCAGCUAUAACUGAAGCAAGAGACAUUUGGCUGUAUUCAAAACCUCUGCAGUCACUAUUUGAAGAGAUAGAGGGACUUGAAAUAACUGAAAUUCAGCCAAAAUUGAAACCACUAUUUCAUUGUAUUUGUCUUGCUUGGACGAAUUCACGAUAUUAUUGCUCGACUAGUUAUAUGAUAAUUUUACUUAGUGCAGUAGUAAAUCUCCUUAUAACUCAGACUUCCAAGUAUCUCGAUCCUGCUAGUUUAUUUCAAAGUAGCAUUGAUGAUAAUUUGACCAAAGUUCUAACUGCUCUCAACCUUAUUCAGCAUUUUCGAGAUUUAUUUGAAGAGUUUUGUACGAAUAUUGAAAACUAUUUUCAAAAUGUUACCAAACGUGUCCAGUGGACGUUCCAUGAACGACUAGUUUUAGAACGACUCAUGAAAUAUGAAAAACGAUUGAAUCAGAUUAAAGAGUUAUUUGAAAUAGUACAAAAUUAUCUCAAGUUGGAAAAAAUUGAAAUUUCCGGGUUACAUGGCAAAGAGUUGUUUCGACAAGUUAAUGAAGUUUAUGAAGAAUUUCUUAAGACGUAUAACGAUUUAGGAGCUGUACAGUAUGACAUUUUAUUACCGGAAGAACAAAAAUUUUCAGAAGAUAUUGACAUUUUUUUAAAGAAGAUCGAGGAGUAUGAUCGGAGAUUAAGUUCAAUAUUGAAUCGAGCUUUUUCAGACUGUCAUAAUUUGGAGGAAAUGUUUAAGCUUAUAUGGGUAAUAGGACCGAUAGCUUUACGGCCAAUUAUACAAGCUCAGUUAUGGCAUAAUUAUGAGACAUUGUUGUCAACAAUCCAUGCUAGUCUUGAUGAAGUGAAGCGAAUAUUUGAUAAGAAUUUUGCAAUAAAAAAAACAUCUGGACACAUGGAAGUAGAUCAAUAUUUCCCACCAGUAGCUGGUGCAUUAUGUUGGUUGAAAAAGCUAAAGUUUCGUAUUGAUUAUCCUAUAGAAUCUAUGAAGUUAAUAGACCACCCAUUAUUAGCUUCUCAAUCUUGCCGUGAAAUAAUUACUAAACACAAUGAACUCCAAAACUUAAUGAGUGCUGCCGAGAUGGAAAUAUUUACUAAUUGGAUGAAGAAAGUACCAACUAUUUGCAAUGAGAAUCUCAAUAAACCAUUAUUACAAAUUAAAGAAAAUGAAUUAGCAUCAAAUUUUAAUCCAGAACUUGAAGCUAUUUUACGUGAUGCUAAAUAUAUAAAUAUGCUUCAAUUAAAUGAUUUGCCACCUGAAGCUUUGAAUUUAUUGGACAGAUCCGAAUUGUUUUGGGAAACUACUUACAAUAUCAACCUUAUUAUUAAUUGGUAUAACGAAAUUAGAAUAAAAUGUUCUGAGGUAGAGUUGGAAUUAUUACGAGAGGAAAUACAAAUGAUUGAUGGUAUGAUUGAUGAGGGGCAGAUCAAUUAUAACUGGAACUCGCUAGAAGUUCCAGAGUAUAUUCAAAAGCUUUUUACUUCUGUCAGAAGUUUGUAUUUUCGUAAACUGAAAGCAGAAAAAAAUAUUGAACAUUUAAUUAAAAAUAUUUAUGAAUGGGCAAUGUUACCGAUUCUUGUAAGGAAAGAUUUCAAACGUGAAAAUUUAAUUACUAUUAAUGGGCGAGAAGAGAAAUUUGCUAAAAGAUAUAGCAUCAUUGAAGAAACUGCUAAAGAAAUUCAGAGAAUUUUAGACGAGAAUUAUAAACUUUACUUCAAUAUUCUACCGGAAUCAGCUUAUGUUGAAGAUAGUUUAAAACAUCCGUUGACUGAAUUAAAAUCGAAAGAUUUUACAUCUACUAGAGAUGGAAAUUCUGAAGUAGCAGAAGUCGAGCAAGCAGAUAAUAAAAAUGAAAGUAUAGCUGAUGUAGAAAUGACGCCAUCAGAAACCUUGAGAAAACAGGAAGAUGCUGAAAGGGAAUCAAAACUUGAAGCUCUUAGGCAAGUCAAGUGGAAACCUUAUCUUACUUAUAUCGAUCAAAUUGUAUCUGAAGGCUUAAUACAAGCCGUAUCAACAAGCAUUUGCUAUAUUCUUGAUGAAACUGAUCCUGAAUCUAAUAUACAUCCAUUGUUCGAAGUAUAUUUAUGUUUGGAAAUACCAAAUAUUGUUUACAAACCUCCAUUAGAAAUUGAUGAUCCAAAAGGAUUUUAUGCAUUUUACGAAAGCUUAAUGUUUGAUAUAAUGAAAAUGGGUACAUUAAUUCCUCGCUUGGAUCCUGAUAAAGUUGAUGAACGAGAACAUUACGGACUCGACUUGGGUGAAGAGGAACGAAUCAUAUUUAUGUUGGAGGAAACUUCUAACCGAGUUAAGCAAGCAUUAACUCAAGCUCAAGAGUAUGCAGCGACUUACGAUCUCUAUAAAUGGAUAUGGCUAAAUGAUAGACAAGAAUAUCUUAAUAAUUUUCUACGAUUUGCCAAAAAUAUCACUGACGAGGAGAAGAAAAUUAUCGCUCAAUCUCCACCCAAUUUGUCAGAAUUUAUAAAAGAAAGAAAACCUGAGCUGAAUGAUUUUAAAAGGGAAAUUGAUUACUUUAUGAAUCUUUAUAAGGAAUGUGAUAAAAUUGAGAACGAGAAAAUAUUUUUUCGAUGGUUCAAAGUAUCUAAUACUUUGUUCAAACAAACUCUGUUGAAUACUGUAUGUAAAUGGGCGAAUGUUUUAAAAACUCAUCUAGUGGACCAUGUUAAUGAUAGCUUAAAGGAAUUAUCAGACUUUUUACGUGGGGCAUAUGACAGAUUUACUCAACCAGUUUUAGAGGAAGAUUAUGAUGGAUUACUUAAAACAAUUUAUUAUUUGAAAGAAGUCAGAGAUAGACAAUUCAAAAUUGAUGUCAUAUUUGAACCAAUUAAUGAGACUAUACAUAUGCUUGAACAGUAUGAUGUAGAGUUUACUGAUGAAACUUGGCAGUAUUUAUCGAAAUUACCUGAAUUAUGGGAAACAGUAAAAAAGUUAGCUAUUCAAAUGAAGCAAACUGUCUCACCUCUUCUUUCUCAUCAAGUAGAUCUUCUUAAAAAACGAUUAAAUUACUUUGACUUCCGACAACAACGGUAUUAUUCAAAGUUCCAUGAGAACAAAUUAUUUAGUCCUGAUUGUACAAAUGUCUAUGAAAAUCUGGACAAAGUAAACGAGGAAGUUGGUGAAUUUGAAAGGGAAUUGCAAGUUUUGAGCGAGACUGCUAACAUACACGAACUGCAAAUUCAAGAGUUUAAACAAAUAAAACAAAUUAGACGGGAAUUGAAAUUAUUAAAGGGUCUAUGGGAUUAUGUUAUUGUUAUUAAAACGAGCUUAAAAGCAUGGAAUAAUACGCCAUGGAAAAAAAUCGAUGUUGAAGGAAUGGAUCACGAAUGUAAAAGAUUGAUUAAAGAAUUGCGGUUAUUAGAUAAAGAAUGUAGAAUUUGGAAAUUGUACACUUAUAUUGAAAAUGAGGUAAAAAAUAUGAUGUCUUCACUGCGAGCAGUAUCAGAUCUUCAGAACCCAGCAAUCAAAGAUAGACAUUGGCGACAGUUGAUGGCGGAAACUCGAGUCAAAUUUACGAUGGAUGAUAAAACUACUCUGGAAGAUCUUUUGAAACUAGAACUUCAUAAGUAUGAAGAAGUAGUUAAGAAUACAGUUGAUAAGGCUGUGAAAGAAAUGGCAAUGGAAAAAGUUCUCAAGGAGUUAACUAAUACUUGGGCAAACUUGGAGUUUGAUAAAGAAUAUCAUGAGAGAACGAAAUUAAAUAUUUUAAAAAUAAACGAGGAAACGAUAGAAAUUUUAGAAGAAAAUCAAGUGCAGUUGCAAAAUAUGCUAAGUUCAAAGUUAAUUGGUCACUUUUUCGAUGUUGUAACAGACUGGCAAAAGAAGUUGAGCAAUGCGGAUGCCGUAAUAAAUAUUUGGUUUGAAGUUCAACGCACCUGGUUGUAUUUAGAAAGUGUUUUUAUUGGUUCUGAUGAUAUAAGGAAACAAUUACCUGAAGAAUCUAAACGUUUUGAAACAAUAGACCGUGAAUUUAAAGAAUUACUGAGAGACGUGUCAGGCACACCCAAUAUCAUUAAAGCCACAAAUAAACCGAAACUUUGUGAACGACUGGAAGAAUUACAAAAGCAAUUAAACAUGUGUGAGAAAGCACUGUUUAAUUAUUUAGAUAUGAAACGUUUGGCUUAUCCGCGUUUUUAUUUUAUAUCCUCUGCAGAUCUCUUGGAUAUUCUCAGUAACGGAAACAAUCCAGAAUUAGUCUGUAAACAUUUAUCAAAAUUAUAUGAUUCCAUAGCUAAUUUGAAAUGGAAAUUAGAAGGGGGGAAGCCAACGAAAAUAGCUAAUGGCAUGAUUGCGAAGGACGGAGAAGAGAUGAGCAUGCAUGGAGUUUGUGAUUGCAGUGGGGUCGUGGAAAUUUGGUUAAAUCGUGUAACAGACGCUAUGAGAAGAAGUGUAAGAUAUCACUUUAGUCAAGCAGUAGCUUCUUAUGACGAGAAGCCAAGGGAACAAUGGAUAUUAGAUUAUGAAGCUCAACCUGCUUUGUGUGGUACUCAAAUUUGGUGGACUGCUGAGGUAAACAUGGCCUUUGCUAGAUUGGAGGAAGGCUUUGAAAAUGCUCUCAAAGAUUAUCAAAAGAAGCAAGUCAAUCAGCUGAGUGUAUUGAUCAAUAUUCUCUGUGGAGAGUUGAGUGAUAACGACCGACAGAAAAUUAUGACAAUAUGUACUAUUGACGUUCAUGCCAGAGACGUGGUUGAUAAAUUGAUAACAACAAAAGCUGAAAAUUCAUCAAAUUUUCAGUGGCAAGCACAAUUACGCCAUAGAUGGGAUGAUAGCCUCGCUGAAUGUUUUGCAAAUAUCUGUGACGCAAAUUUUGCCUAUGGCUACGAAUAUCUGGGGAAUGUCCCGCGUUUGGUCAUCACACCGCUGACAGAUAGAUGCUACAUUACUCUCACACAAUCACUGCAUUUAGUGAUGGGAGGUGCACCAGCAGGUCCUGCGGGAACUGGCAAAACAGAGACCACAAAGGAUUUAGGUCGUGCUUUAGGUCAAAUGGUCUAUGUAUUCAAUUGUUCUGAACAACUGGACUAUAAAUCUUGUGCCAAUAUUUACAAAGGGUUAGCUCAGACUGGUGCUUGGGGAUGCUUUGAUGAAUUCAAUCGGAUAUCUGUUGAAGUUCUUUCGGUAGUAGCUGUUCAGGUGAAAUGUAUUCUUGAUGGUAUCAAGAGCAGAAAGAAAAAAUUUCUAUUCUUUGGUGAAGAAUUGAAUUUGGUUAACACAGUUGGGAUUUUUAUAACAAUGAAUCCUGGUUAUGCUGGAAGGACUGAGCUUCCAGAAAAUCUAAAAACAUUAUUCCGACCUUGUGCUAUGGUUGUCCCAGACUUUGGUCUUAUUUGUGAAAUAAUGUUAGUGGCAGAAGGUUUCCAAGAAGCACGUUUAUUAGCGCGAAAAUUUAUUACUCUUUAUACCCUUUGCCGAGAACUUUUAUCAAAGCAAGACCACUAUGACUGGGGCCUACGAGCUAUUAAAUCAGUUCUUGUUGUUGCUGGAAAAUUAAAACGCGCAGAUCGACAACGUCCAGAAGAUCAAGUUUUAAUGAGAGCUUUAAGAGAUUUUAAUACUCCUAAAAUAGUUACUGACGAUAUACCUGUAUUUAUGGGGCUUAUUGGAGAUUUAUUUCCUGCACUCGAUGUACCUCGUAAACGGGAUUUUGAGUUUGAAAAAACAGUUCGUGGUGCUGCAAUUGAUUUAAAGAUGCAACCAGAGGACGGAUUUAUUUUAAAAGUGGUACAGCUGGAAGAGCUUUUAAAUGUUCGGCAUUCGGUAUUUAUCGUUGGAAUUGCUGGCACUGGGAAAACCAAAGUGUGGCAAACUCUGUUUCGAACGUACGUCAAUCAAAAACGUAAACCUCAUUACAACGACCUCAAUCCAAAAGCUGUAACGAACGACGAACUGUUCGGGAUUAUCCACCCUGCAACAAGAGAAUGGAGAGACGGUUUAAUAUCAGUAAUUAUGCGAGAUCAAGCGAAUAUGACUGGCGAUGGUCCAAAAUGGAUUAUUUUUGAUGGUGACAUUGAUCCCAUGUGGAUUGAAUCGCUUAAUACAGUUAUGGAUGAUAAUAAAGUUUUGACGUUGGCUAGUAAUGAAAGGAUUGCAUUGACCAAACACAUGAGACUUCUCUUUGAAAUUUCUAAUUUGCAAACUGCUACACCUGCCACAGUUUCACGAGCUGGAAUCCUUUAUAUUAAUCCUCAAGAUUUAGGCUGGAAUCCAUAUAUAACAAGUUGGAUAGAGACUAGAGAUAACACAGAACGUGCAAACUUAAUUAUUCUCUUUGAUAAAUAUCUUCCACCUUUGUUAGAAAUAUCAAAAACGAGAUUCAAGAAAAUCACACCUAUACCGGAAAUUUGUCAUUUGCAAAUGUUAUGUAAUUUAUUGGAUUGUUUUCUUACAAGUGAAAAUGUUCCACCAGAUUGUCCUAAAGAAUGGUAUGAAUUAUAUUUUGCAUUUGCAUGCAUUUGGGCAUUUGGAUCAGUUAUGUUCAAGGACCAAUUAAUCGACUGGAGGAAUGAGUUUAGCAAAUGGUGGAUAAAUGAGUUUAAAACUAUCAAAUUUCCAUCUGAAGGUGGAGUAUUUAAUUACUACAUCGAUAAUGAAACGAAAAAACUGACGCCAUGGAGUGAAAAAGUUGAUAAAUUUGUUCUAGACAUGGACAUUCCCUUGCCGUCUUCUCUAGUUCCAACUGGAGAAACUGCACGUCUGCGUUUUUUCAUAGAUAUGUUAAUGAAGAAGAAAGUUCCGGUGAUGUUGGUGGGCAGUGCUGGCUCAGGAAAAAGUGUAGUAGUUUCUGACAAAUUGUCUUCUCUACCUGACAAUUACAAUGUUGCCAAUGUACCCUUUAAUUACUAUACUUCAUCCGAAAUGUUGCAAAGAAUACUUGAAAAGUAUCUUGAGAAAAAAGCAGGACGCAAUUAUGGGCCACCGGGAACCAAACAAUUAAUUUACUUCAUUGACGAUAUGAAUAUGCCGGAAGUGGAUACUUAUGGGACUGUACAACCUCAUACUCUAUUGAGACAACAUUUGGAUUAUAAUCAUUGGUAUGAUCGUGUAAAAUUAACUUUAAAAGACAUCCAUAAUACCCAGUACGUAUCCUGUAUGAAUCCAACCGCAGGAAGUUUUACAAUAGAUCCUCGCCUGCAGCGUCAUUUCGCUGUAUUUGCAGUUAACUUUCCAGGACGUGAUGCUCUAGUUACAAUUUACAGCCAAGUACUGCAGCAACAUUUUGCGAAUCCGCAACAAAAAAUAAAUAUAACGCUUCAGAAAUUAGUGAAUCCACUAAUAAAUACAGCGAUGUAUCUUCACGAUAAAGUUUCCACAACCUUCCUACCAACUGCAGUAAAGUUUCACUAUAUCUUCAAUCUACGCGACUUGUCAAAUUUAUUUCAGGGUUACUUGUUUGCAAAUGGUGACACAAUUCCAAACUCAAGUGCAGCUAUUCGUUUGUAUGUCCACGAGGCAAACCGCGUAUAUUGCGACAAGUUAGUUAAUUUUGAGGAUAAAAAAAUAUUUGAAUCACUACUGCAAGAUGCACUUCGGAAAAAUAUCCAAGAUUUAGAUGAAGAGGUAGUUUUUGAGAAACCAAUAAUUUAUUGUCACUUUGCUGAAGGUAUGGGUGAUCCAAAAUACAUGCCAAUAAAAGAAUGGCCACAAUUGACAAAAUUAUUGAAUGAAGCUUUGAUGAAUUACAAUGAUCUGGUAGCAGCGAUGAAUUUAGUGAUGUUUGAAGAUGCCAUGUAUCACGUUUGUCGCAUAAACCGACUUCUUGAAGCACCAAGAGGUAAUGCAUUGUUGGUAGGAGUUGGUGGUAGUGGAAAACAAUCUCUAUCUCGUUUAGCAUCCUUUAUAUCUGGGCUAGAGGUAUUUCAAGUGCAACUAAAAAAAGAUUAUUCGAUGCACGAUUUGAAAGUCGAUUUAGCAGGAUUAUAUUUGAAAGCGGGUCUGAAGAAUAUCGGCAUUACUUUUCUUAUGUCUGACUCUCAAGUGGCUCAAGAAAAAUUUCUAGUUGUUGUUAAUGACAUGCUUGCAUCCGGAGACAUAAUCGAGCUCUUUCCGGACGAUGAAGUUGAUAAUAUUAUCAAUUCAGUACGAAAUGAAGUUAAAUUGGUAGGAAUGAUGGACACGAAAGAGAAUUGCUGGAAAUUCUUUAUCGAUCGUGUACGAAAACACCUAAAGUGCGUGCUAUGUUUCUCACCAGUUGGAGCGACUCUGAGGAAGAGAGCUAGACAAUUUCCGGCACUGGUCAAUUGCACGUCUAUCAACUGGUUCCAAGAUUGGCCUCAGGAUGCCUUAGAAUCUGUUUCAGCCCGAUUUAUCGCGGAGCUAGAAGAAUUACCAGAGCAAUAUAAACCAUCUGUAUCACAAUUUAUGUCCUUUGUCCACGUGAGCGUUAAUAUAGUAUCAGAGAUAUAUUUACAAAAUGAAAAGCGAUAUAAUUACACAACCCCUAAGUCUUUUUUGGAGCAGAUAUCUCUUUAUUCAAAAUUACUACAACAAAAAACUCAUGAGCUUUUGGGAACAAUCAAAAGAUUAGAGAAUGGAAUAACAAAAUUGGAGACUUGUGGUGAACAGGUAGACGGGCUGAAAGCGAUUCUAGCUGUUCAGGAAGUCGAACUAAAGAAGAAGAAUGAGAUAGCUGACAAAAUCUUAGCUGAGGUACGGGAAGAGAACACAAAAGCGGAAAUAGAGAAGGCGAUAGUUUCUGAGGAAGAAGCUAGAGUAGCAGAGAUUAAGGAGGUAGUGUGGGAGAAGCAGAAAAGGUGUGAUGAAGAUUUAGCAAAAGCAGAACCUGCUGUACGUCAAGCAGAAGCUGCACUAGACACUUUGAACAAGAACAACCUGACUGAAUUAAAAUCCUUUGGCACACCGCCGGAAGCCGUUGCAAAUGUUGCCCAAGCCGUUUUAGUGCUCUUUUCCCCAAAGGGCAAAAUCCCAAAGGAUCGAAGUUGGAAAGCUUGCAAAGCAAUGAUGGGUGGAGCUGAUGCUUUUCUCUCAGCGCUCCGCAAUUACGACAAGGAGAAUAUUCAUCCCGAUGUAGUGAAAGCUAUACAGCCUUAUAUAAAUGACAAAGGAUUCGAUCCAGAUAUCAUCUACUCCAAAUCUAAAGCUGCAGCUGGACUCUGUAGUUGGGUAAAAAAUAUUAUGGUCUUUCAUUAUAUUAAUUUGAACGUUAAACCACUUAGAGCAGCACUAGCUCAAGCGAAUGCAGAAUUAAAACAUGCUAUGGAGAAACUUACGGGUCUUCGUUCACGUUUACAAGAACUACAAGAAGUAUUGGAUGUGCUUGGAGAAAAAAUGAACGUUGCUUUGGAAGAGAAACAAAAAUGCCAAGACGAAGCUGAUAAAACUGCUUUUACGAUAGAUUUAGCUAACAGAUUAGUUAAUGGUUUAGCAUCAGAAAAAAUACGAUGGACUAAAACGAUAGAAAGACUGAAGAAUUCAUGUGAAACAGUUCCUGGUGACCUGCUUUUAGGAACAGCGUUUAUUUCAUACGUAGGAUGUUUUACUCGUCAAUAUCGACAUGAUUUAUUCAAUAACCAUUGGAUACCGUUUCUAGAAAAAUUAAAAAAUCCAAUACCCCGAACACCCAAUUUAGAUCCGCUCUCGUUGCUGACUGAUGAUGCACAAAUAGCACAAUGGAAUAAUGAUGGUUUACCAUCAGACACAAUGUCUGCUGAAAAUGCGAUAAUUUUUAUUAAUUCUACACGAUGGCCACUGAUAAUCGAUCCACAGCUUCAGGGUAUAAAAUGGAUUAAAGCCAUGUAUGGAGAUGAACUCAAAAUCAUUAGAUUAGAUCUAAAAAACUAUUUAGAUCAACUUGAAUUUGCAAUUGCAAAUGGUGAAAUAGUUUUAAUUGAAAAUAUAGGCGAAUCAGUUGAUGCAGUUUUAGAUCCAAUUUUAGGUCGAGUGCUUACUAAAAAAGGCCAAGCAAUAAAAAUUGGAGAUAAAGAAAUAGAUUACAACCCUCAAUUUCGACUGAUAUUGCAAACCAAACUUUCAAACCCACAUUACAAACCAGAGAUGCAAGCUCAAACCACUCUUAUUAAUUUCACUGUGACUCGAGAUGGAUUAGAAGAACAAUUACUUGGUGACGUAGUGAAAGCUGAAAGGCCAGACUUGGAAAAUACAAAAGCUGAACUUACGAAACAACAGAACACUUUUAAGAUUACUUUGAAAACAUUAGAAGACGAUUUAUUGUAUCGUCUCGCGUCAGCUGGACCAGAUAUCUUAAGUGACGUUGUCUUAGUGACCAAUCUUGAAACAACAAAAAAAACAGCAGAUAACAUUGAGAUAAAAGCAGCUGAAGCUAAAAUAACUGCUGCUAAAAUCGAUGAAGCUCGAGAUUACUAUCGUCCAGCUGCUGCACGAGCUAGUCUUCUGUAUUUUAUCCUAAAUGAUUUAUACAAAAUCAAUAUGUUGUAUCAAUUUUCACUUAAAGCAUUUAGUGUAGUAUUUCAGAAUGCUAUCAAGUUUGCUGAAACUUCUGAUAAUGUGAAAAAAAGAGUUCAAUUAUUGAUCGAUAGUAUUACUUACCUUGUCUUCAUGUAUACAAGUCGAGGUUUAUUUGAAUGUGAUAAGCUCAUUUUUCUUUGUCAGAUGACAAUUCAGAUCCUCAUUCAAACAAAUGAAAUAUCAUCAGCUGAGCUAGACUUUCUUCUUCGAUAUCCUCAUCAUCCAGAUGUUAUAACUCCAGUUGAGUUUUUAAGUAAUGCAGGAUGGGGUGGAAUAAAAUUUCUGAGCAGUAUGACCGAGUUUAAAAACCUCGAUCGUGAUAUUGAAGGUGCAGCAAAGAGAUGGAAGAAAUUUGUUGAAUCAGAAACACCUGAAAGAGAAAAAUUUCCACAGGAGUGGAAAACUAAGUCUGCAUUACAAAGACUCUGUAUGAUGCGUUGUUUAAGAAUUGAUCGAAUGACUUAUGCAAUUCGAUGCUUCGUUGAAGAAAAGCUGGGACCAAAAUAUACUGAAUCACGUUCUUCGCCAUUUGAAAAAUCGUUUGAGGAAAUGAGUUCGAUAACUCCAAUGUUUUUUAUCCUUUCCCCUGGCGUUGAUCCUCUUAAGGACGUUGAAAAGCUUGGAAAACGUUUGAAAUUUACUUUUGAUGGAGGUAACUUCCAUAAUAUAUCAUUAGGCCAAGGUCAAGAACCAGUAGCUGAAGCAGCUAUGGAUUUAGCUGCUGCAAAUGGGCAUUGGGUGAUUUUGCAGAAUAUUCAUCUCGUUAAAACCUGGCUACCAAGUUUAGAAAAGAAAAUGGAUGAAUUAUCAGAAAAUUCUCAUUCAGAUUAUCGACUUUUUAUAAGUGCUGAACCUUCUCUUGAUCCUCAUGAAUGUAUUAUACCUCAAGGAAUCUUAGAAUCUGCUAUAAAAAUUACCAACGAACCUCCGACUGGAAUGCAUGCAAAUAUACACAAGGCAUUGGAUAACUUUAAUCAAGAAAUUCUUGAUUCUUGUUCAAAAGAGUCUGAAUUCAAGGGAAUUUUAUUUGCUCUCUGCUACUUUCAUGCUGUGGUAGCUGAGAGAAGAAAAUUCGGACCCCAAGGAUGGAAUCGAAUAUACCCUUUUAAUGUGGGAGAUUUAACAAUUAGUGUUUCAGUUUUAACAAAUUAUUUAGAGAAUAAUACUAAAGUUCCUUGGGAUGAUUUGCGAUAUUUAUUUGGAGAAAUUAUGUACGGUGGUCAUAUUACGGAUGACUGGGAUCGAAGACUAUGUCGCACUUAUUUAUUUGAAUAUUUAAAAUCUGAUCUUAUCGAUGGUGAUUUGUAUUUGGCUCCUGGAUUUUUAGCACCACCUAACAGCGAUUAUGAUACUUAUCAUCAAUACAUUGAUCAUUACUUACCUCCUGAAAGUCCUGUUCUGUAUGGACUCCAUCCAAAUGCCGAAAUUGGCUUUUUAACAACUACUGCGGAAAAUUUGUUUAAAAUUCUAUUAGAGAUGCAACCAAAAGACACUGGUGAAAGUUCGAGAGAUGGCUCUUCUAAAGAAGAAAAGUUAAGGACAAUUAUUGAGAAUAUUCUGGAGAAAUUACCAGAAGAAUUUAAUAUUCCAGAGUUGAUGAGUAAAGUUGAUGAACGCACACCAUUUGUGAUUGUUGCUUUACAAGAGUGUGAGAGAAUGAAUAUUCUUUGUGCCGAGUUAAAAAGAUCUCUUUUGGAAUUGGAACUUGGUUUAAAAGGUGAAUUAACAAUUAAUGCUGAGAUGGAAGAUCUACAAAAUUAUCUAUUUAUGGAUCUUGUUCCUUUUUCAUGGACUGCAAAAGCUUAUCCAUCCACUUUAGGUUUAACUAGCUGGUUUACUGAUAUGCUAAAUCGAGUUUCUGAGUUAGCUAAUUGGACAGCAGACUUUAUUCUCCCAUCUUCUUUAUGGCUAGGUGGAUUAUUUAAUCCUCAGUCAUUUUUAACAGCAAUAAUGCAACAAACAGCACGAAAAAAUGAAUGGCCUCUUGACAAAAUGUGUCUUCAUUGUGAUGUAACCAAAAAAUUUAAAGAAGAGAUCACAUCAGCACCUCGUGAAGGUGCUUACAUAAAUAGUUUAUACAUGGAAGGCGCUCGUUGGGAUAUGCAAAUAAAUGCGAUCGUUGAUUCACGUUUAAAAGAAUUAUAUCCCCAAAUGCCAGUAGUUUAUAUCAGAGCUAUAACCCAAGAUAAACAAGAUUUAAGGAAUCUUUAUGAUUGUCCCGUGUACAAAACUAAAGUACGAGGUCCAACUUAUGUGUGGACUUUUAAUCUUAAAACUCGAGAUAAGCCAACUAAAUGGACUCUUGCUGGAGUUUCUAUUCUACUCCAAAUUUAAUAAUUGAUGGUAAUUACAAUUUCAAAACUGGCUAACUUGAAAUCACAAUAAGCUAUAAUUAAUUAAGAAAUAAUUAUGUAUAAUAAAUAAAUCUCUCAAUUGAUUUCAUAUUUUUAAUCAUAUCGAUAUAUUUUCUUGAUAACAUUUCUAC